CUAAGUCCUUGUAGCAAUAUAGCAGUUUCUUGUUACUUGUUAGAGCAUUAUGUAAUUCAUAAUUUAUGAACAUUUUUUUGUAAUGCCUACGAUUAGAUACAGUUAUUAGUUAAAUUAUUAUUACAUUUGAAGUUUUUAGUUUCAUUUAGGUUUUCAGAAUUAUAUCAAUUUAUUGUUUGUGGUUUUUUUUUUUUUUUAACAAAGUACCAUCUUACCAACCAAUGUUAUUAAAAUAAUAGCAUUUCACAGGUAGAAAUAAUAAUUACUGUACCAACAGAAAAACCAAAAGUUACGACGGUAAUGUUUCUACACGUGUGAAAACUGCAAUCAAGCCGGACGGCGCUCAGAGAAAAUGUUUUCCCUAGAAGAGGCAUCGGAGGUGUGCAAUGUACACGACAAGGAGUUUUGCAAGAUGUUCGUUCUAAAACCCGGGUUGGCACUCCCGGACGCCAACGUUAUGUACACCGAGCCCGAAUGGAAGUUGAACGAGUUCCAAGAACUGAAAACGUUGCUGAACCGUACCAAACAGAAAUUGAACGAUUUUGAUCUGGAUUCGUGGCACGUGCACACGGGCAAAAUGAAUCCGGCGGGCCAGGUGGUAAACCACGUAAGGAGGCACGUGCGCCCAGACUUCCUAACACAGGCGUGGUGUAAGUUCUACGAGAUCGCGUGCAGUUCGGACCUGGUAUCGUUGGACGAGAUUCGCGAGGAAGGUGGUACAUCGUUCACCAGCGUGCAUCUAUGUGAGGCGCCCGGUGCGUUUAUCGCGGCGCUCAACCACUUUCUAGCCAUCAACCACGAAGAGCUGCGGCUCGACUGGCUGGCGAUGACCUUGAAUCCAUACCACGAGUCUAACGGGCAUCCGGACAUCGUGACCGACGACCGGCUGAUGCUGCACACGCUCCCGAACUGGGAAUUCGGUCCGGACUACACGGGUGACAUAUUCCAACCAGGGUACGCCGAACACCUGUACCGGAGGGUGGUGGAGCGGUUCAGCGGAAAUGGUGCGUGGCUAGUGACGGCCGACGGGAGCAUUGACUGUUCGGAUGACCCCGGCGAACAGGAGACGGUCGUGUCCCGGCUACACGAUCACGAGACAAUAGUGGCGCUCAGCGUACUCCGGGAUAAUGGAUCGCUGGUGCUGAAGGCGUUCACUAUGUUCGAGUGCAACACUAUCUGCCGGAUGUUCCUACUAUGCUGCUUGUUCCGAUCGGUAGUGCUAAGGAAACCGGCGACCAGCAAGCCCGGCAACUCGGAGGUGUACGUAGUGUGCAAAGGUUACAGAGGCCGAUCGGUGGCCAUGCCGUACGUGCAGGCGUACUACGCGAACGACCGGCAGUCGGACCCGGGAGGCGCCUCCAUGUUUCCUCUGUCGCUGGUACCGGUCGAGUUCAGGCAGCGACUACUCGAGUGUGCCGAGCACUUUGCGCACAUGCAGAUGCACACCAUCAACGCCAACGUGGACGGGUUGCCGCGCAGGGAGGCGCUCUACCGUGAGAUGAAAUCGGUACAGGCGUCUAUGUGCCAGGAGUUCAUGUCCAGGCUGGGUCUGCGAUCGAUUCGGUACACCCAGGAGCUGACGUUCUCGUCGGUAAACAACUUCAGUCACAAGCACAACUGGGAGCUGUUGCGGAUAGGCCGCAAGUCGCGUGGCAUGUCGUUCACGGAGAAGACGCGCAUACGGCACAUGGAUGCGGGACAGGAGGCGCGCAUGCUGUACCAGGAGGUGUACCGGUGCCACGAGUUGAGGAUGGCAAGACGGGACAUGGCGAGCGACGUGGUCUGGUACAGUCACAUGAACCUUAUAUACCGGCUACCGGAUGUAGCGUUCCGCAUGGGCAAACCGGUAACUGUGGUCAAGAAUUCCAAGUUUUGCAGCGAAGCGCUGAUACACUACAGGCACCGAGUGUUGUCCAGAUUCCCGCGGGUCCGUGAUGGUGUCGCCGUGGACGCCGAAUGCCGGCUGUCGCACUACCGCUCGAAGAUCGACCGGCCACGCGCUGUCGUUUGUGAUCUGACGGACGUUUGCGACGAACACGCCUCCGACAACACCGCCUUACAGCACCGAUGCCUGGCGGCCAUUGUGGACGCGUUGCAGGCCCUUUCGGAUGGCGACGAUCUGAUCAUCAUCGGCUAUCCGCUGUAUACGCAGUUGUCCGUUGCCAACGUAUACGCCGUGGCCAAGAUGUUCAACAUGUACGGCUUGGUAAAGCCCGACCCACGGUACGGUCACGCAUUCGUGUUCCUCGAGUUCAGCCGUGCUCAUAACGGAGACUGGCUGUCUAUGUUGGUGAAUGUCGUCUGGUACCUGGUGCCCAGCGAUCAUGGCAACAUGGCGCUCAUCUCGUGGAUGCCCUUCAAGGUACUGAUCGAGCAAGAGGUCUACGGAGACAUCGUAGCCGUCAACAACUUGUGCAUCGUACACGAGGUCGAACCCAUUUUGCUUUCGGCUUCGAGCACGGCGGGUCCUAAAUAAUUGUGUCCGGUCAAAAUUCGAUAAACUAAAGGCAAUGACAGACAGUAUAAUAUGUACAAUGACUUUUUAGGCCGGGGGAAGGUUUCUUUUUAUAUACUGAGGUCUUGACGGAAAUUUAGUAUUCCCAACUACGGGAACGCACUUUGGUUGAUUUUUACUAAAUAUAGUAGAACUUCCAUAUAACGGUCACCGUAAAUAAUAACCGCUAUUUAGAGGUGCCCGUCCUACAGAGGUAGGAUAACACUAGGAUAAUACUCGACGGGACCAAAAAAUUUACCGUUGCAUAGAGGUGGCCGUCUUUAGAGGUGACCGUUAACGGAAGUUUUACUGUAUAUUAUUUUGAGCUUGGUUAUACUUUUUAAAUUGUGUCGUAAAAUAUCACUUGAGGUGCAAGCGAUUGUAAUUUACCUAUACGCCGCAAUGGCAAACUGCGCGAAAAAUUGUAUUUAUACCAAAAGUUUUAAGCAAACUACUCAGCGCUUUUUUCGCUCCAAAAAUUAUUAUUAAGACAGUACUUUUUGACUGAUAUGUGUCAAUUUUAUACAUAAUUUCUAUUUUUUCGUAAACUUGGUUGAAGCGGCGGCCGCGUGGCUUUAGGUGCGUUUGAAUACAAAUUUUAAUUGAAAUCUAACUGUUUUUCAGGGUUUUACUUCUUUACAAUCAUGUUUAUGUACUUUCUUCACUAUUUUAAUAUUUACUUGAAUAGGUAUAUAUUUUACAUAUUCGUAUCCGUUUCAAACUGAGUAUAUUAGAUGUUUUCCACGUAUAGUAUUAUUGGCUCUUAUUGAUUGUUCUUAAUAAUUAUUAUUAUUUGAGUUGUGGUAAUUAAUCAUUGGGUAUAUCAUACUAAAGGUCUUAAACAAUUUAUUAUUUCAGCUAACUAACUUAUCACACCGAUAAGUAAUAAUAUUUACGGCACACAAAAUGUCUCUAAACUUUUUGACGUAAUUUAUUGUUGUAUGAUUUAUUUUUUUAAUUUACAUCACUAUUAUAUUUUAAGUACCUAAUACUAUUACUGUCAUUAAAUAUUAUUGUAUUUUUAUCGAUUGCUUAAGUUUAAAAAUUGUCCUAUACUAUGUGAUAAUAAAAUGUGACCUACCUAAGGUUUUUCUUAUGUGCCAUUAUUAUAAGUAUACAAAUCUCACUACAAGAUAAGUUAAAAUAAUGGGUUGUAAUCAUAGAUAUAUACAACAACAGCUACAUAGCCGUCCCCUUCUUAUCAUUGAAGUCGGCUGCCAUUUAUAAAGCAGGCAAUGUUUACAAAACAAUAUUAUCAUAGUAUAUACGUAUAUAUCAUGAAGACCAUAGAAUAAGGAGACCAAACUCGUACCUCGUUGUAUAUGGUUAUUGGUUGUAAUACUUUUAACCAAGGUAUAUUAUACUAUUAUCUACCGUACUUUUAACUAUUCGUUUGGUUAGAUAAAUUAAUAUAUUUUUUAUCAAAUUAUUUAUAAAUAACAUUUCUUUAAAUACUACUAUAAGUUUUGAAAAAUUCCGAAAUUAAAACUUACUCGGAUGUAGGUAUUUUUUGUUAUUUAUAUUUUAUAAAUUUAAGUUGUGAAAGUUUUGAUUAUUUUGAUACCUAACUUUAAAUUGUAACUUACAGGUAUAACAGUAUGAAAAAUGUAUGUAAAAUGUAUAUGUUUAAUAGUUUAAUUUUAUUAAUUGAAGCUUACCGUAGUGAUAUCUUAUAUUUUAUUUUAUUCAAUAUUUCAAUAUGUAUUCCUUGAAUUCUGAGCAAAAUAUUAAUUACGUUUAUAUUUAUUAAGAAUUUUCAUGUUCACUUUUAAUUAUUUUUUUACGAUAUACAUAAUUUUGGUUGUGAAAUAUAGAUUGUUUACAGUUUAUUUUAUAUUUUGAUUUAAAAAAACUCGUUAGUGUCUUGGAGGCUUGAGUUUCGCUGAGUGCUUCUGUUAUUAUUAUUUUUAAUAUUUAAUACCGUGGAGCUAUGUUUAAG